UCAACAAGCACUCUUUUUAGUUUUUACUAGGUUAUUAAACGGUGUCUGUUAAUAGGGACAGGAUUUUGAAACGAUGGAUCCAAUCAUGGCUGGCUCCAUUUACAAAGUGUAUAUUCAUUCCCUAUGGCAUUAUCGUUUGAUUGAAGGGCGAGAUUCUGCCAUCUAAAAAACAGCUAGCAGAUAUCUGUCUAUAUAAUAAGCAAGAUUGGAGCUCAUCACUAACAAAACAAAAACCCAAGAAAUCGAGAAUCUUGGCUACAAUUAACAUGUUCUCUUACCUUUUCUUCUUCCUUUGCCUCAUCACUGCUGUGUUAGUCCACUUCUUCAUCAAUUCCUUCUUCAGAAGGCGGAAUGGAGUUGAAUUUGAUGAGCCGCCAAGCCCACCGGCCCUGCCCUUCAUAGGCCAUCUCCAUCUAAUGGGUCCGGUCGCCAUUAAAUCUUUCCAAUCCUUAGCCUGCCGUUACGGCCCACUCUUGAAGAUCCGCCUCGGCGCAUCAAAAUUUGUUCUUGCCUCUAAUGCUGCUGUCGCUAAAGAAAUCUUCAGGACACAUGAGCUCUGUUUCUUAUCCAAACCUGAAUUUGGCCUCUCUAAGUAUUUUAUUUACAGAGGAUCACAAUUUAUAAUGUCACCUUAUAAUGAUUAUUGGCGUUUCAUGAAGAAAUUAUGCAUGACUAGUCUCCUCGGAGCUCCACAACUCGACAAGUUUGUGGGUGUGAGAGAGGAAGAGAGGAUUAAGCUUGUAAAGUCGGUGAUGAAGUGUUGUAGAGAAGGGAGGCCAUGUGAUUUGCGUAGUGAACUAACGACUUUAACGAACGAUAGUUUUUGUAGGAUGGCAAUGAGCACAAGGUGUUCGGAGAAAGUCCAUGAGACUGAGGAGGUUAAAGAAAUUGUCCAUAUAUGUGUAACGCUUGCAGGAAAAGCAAGUCUUGGAGAUGUUUUGGGUCCUCUCAAGGUGUUUGAUUUCUCUGGUACUGCGAAGAAGCUUUGGGGAGCUGAAGCUCUGAAUAAGUAUGAUCGGCUGGUGGAGAGAAUCAUCAAGGAACAUGAAGAUAAGGCUAAAAGGGGGUUUCAAGAAGACAAGAAAGAUUUGCUGGACAUUUUGCUGGAGACAUAUGCAGACCCAACAGCAGAAGUAAAGUUAUCCAAAAAGGACAUCAAAUCUUUCUUGCUUGAUCUGUUCGUUUCCGCGACUGACACAGCAGCAGCAGCAAUGCAAUGGGCCAUGGGAGAGCUCAUCAACAACCCAGAGGCGUUCAAGAAGCUUAGAGAUGAGAUCAACACAGUCGUAGGACCAAACAGGCUAGUAAAAGAAUCGGACGUCCAAAACCUUCCUUACCUCCAAGCAGUCAUAAAAGAAACUUUAAGACUUUAUCCAUCAGCACCGUUGAUCAUAAGAGAAUGCACAGAAGAUUGUAGAGUGAAUGGCUUCGUGGUCAAGGCUAAGACUCGGAUGGUUAUCAAUGUUUUUGCUCUAAUGAGAGACCCGGAGUCUUAUACCAAUCCGGAUGAGUUCAUUCCAGAGCGAUUCCUGGAGAGCUCAGAUGAGAAAAUUGGAGAGCAUCAAAUGGAAUUCAAGAGUCAGAACUUUCGGUAUCUGCCGUUUGGGAGUGGAAGGAGAGGAUGUCCCGGUGCAUCACUAGCGAUGCUAGUCAUGCAUGCUGCGGUUGGAUCCUUGGUUCAAUGUUUUGAUUGGAGGGUCAAGGAUGGAGACAAGGUUGAUUUAAGCAUGGGAUCAGGAUUUGUAGCAGGAAUGGCUCGACCCCUUGUGUGUUAUCCCAUUGAGCAUUUCAAUCCAUUCUGAUUAAAGUUCUGCCAUGAAAGGUCUAAUAAUGAAGUAUAGUUUGUUAGCCAAUUGAGCUUUGGCUACGAAAGAAAUGAUCAUGGAGAUGAAGAAUAGAAACAAUAGUAUGCAACAUCAACAAGGAGAUCCAUGAAAUAAUUGUUGUUUUAGAGGCUUUGAACUCUUACAAGUGGUACUAGGAUUUUCGGGUACUACUUAGUACUUGGGGAUGGGAAACCAAUGUAUACACUGCAGCAACCAAUACAAAUAAGUAGAUGCCAAACUCAACAAGCCAGAUUUAUUGUUAGGAAACAAUGUAUGAGACUUGGCAGCUAGUGACUGAUGAUGAUUGGAUUGAUAUACUAAUCCUCCUCCAAUCAAUCAUUCAUGGCUCCAUGUAAUUUGCAUUUUUAUUUUCUAUCACAAGAUCCCAUCUCUAAUAAUGCAUGUAAAU